AUGAGGGGUGAUCCACCUUCGACAAAAUCGCUGUACAUCGUGGCAUCAGAUGGAAGUGCAAGGACCACGGCUACGAUCACCCUGCAGGUGAUCAACCCUGUGUCUCCAAUACUCACUGGACUCAACACUACCGGGCUCAUUUCCAAUCCACCUGAUGUCCAGACUGUCGCAUCCAACCUUCAGCUGUUGACAGAUACUAUUUGUGAUCUUUACACAAAUCAAAGUCCGGCAUCCGGAUCAAUUUCUCGGUUGCGUCUGUUCUGUCUCCUCUUCAAAGCAGUGCCAGGUAUCAACAAGCCCCCAGUGUUCACCGGCCCAACUUCCUUCACAGUGAGCGGGAACCUGCCAGCCGGUUCUCAAAUUGGACGGCUCACAGCUGUUGAUGAUGAUGGGCCCAGAGCAAUCGCUUUUAAUAUAAGGGACCUUCAAAAUACAGGACGCUUCGACCUGAGAUUUGCAUCAGGUCAAAGUUCAUCUGGUCGUGUUGUAGGCCUCUACCUUCGCCAAUCACUUGACAGUGAAACGACCUCACGUGAAGUCCUGUUUGUAACUGCGGAUGAUGGUCUGGCAACGUCAACAGCGACGGUCAUCGUGAACGUUCUGAGUUUAAACAACAGCCCACCAACGUUCAUCCAAAGGAACUGGACAUUCAUUGUUCGCAACUCCUCAAUUCCUGGUCUCAAGAUUGGUUCUGUUUUGGCACUCGACAGGGAUUCGGGCAAUAACGGUCGUCUUUCAUAUUCAUUCCGGGCUGUCAAUUCAUCCAUGGAGACUUUCUUCAGUUUGAAUAACUUUGAUGGUUCUCUGUACUUGAAGACACCUCUACAGGGAAACCUAAAUGUGACUCUCAUUGUCACAGCAGUGGUAGGCAACUCAUGUUCAUAA